AUGUCAUAUAGCUCUACACCACCUUCAAAUAUAUUGGCGGGAUGGCCUGGAGACUCGAGGCCAGCCCCUGUGGCCCCAAACGCCCCAACUACUUUGUUUGACGAAACACAUGCACAGACAAGCCACACUCACAUCGAUGCCAGUCGCAAUAAGAUAUGGAUAGUACUGAAUCAGACGUCGUAUGUCGGUGGCGAUACGGUCAGUGGCACAGUCGAACUAGAUUGUCACAUUCCCUUCAAUGCAAAGGGCGUGCUGGCCAAGUUCAAAGGCUUCGAGCGAGUCUGGCUGCAAGAGCAUCGUCUAGAGACAGAGGGCGAGGGCAAUGACAAGCGAACCGUACAGAAAUUGAUCGAUCAUCGUGAGAACAAAGAGUUCUUCCGCUCAUCGAUAUGCGUAUAUCCUCAGCAGGGCAUUGUCAACCCAGGCCACUACUCAUUCCCCUUUCAGUAUCAGCUGCCACCCACCCUACCCGGCACAUUCAGCGAGGAGGGCAAGGACGCCACAGGCAACUACCAGGGCACGAUCAUGUACAAGGUCAAGGCCACGGUGGACGUUGCUCACAAGCACGACCUCAAGGCCACGAGUCGCCUGGUCGUCAACGAGAGAUGCAACGAUCUGGUCAAGCCAAACUAUGCUGAGAAUCGCAAGUCCUUCCUGCUGACCAAGGGCAAGCUGGUGGCACAAGUGUGGAUGAACAAGAAUGUCUACUACCCCGGAGAGACACUCGUCAACAAGGUCAAGAUCAACAACACAUCAAUCAAGGAAACACGUCGUAUAUCAAUCAAGGUGUCACAACGCAUCGAGCUUCGAGCACACCUCUAUUAUCGAACAUUGAACAAACAGGUCUACAAACAAGAGUACGACGGUGUACCUCCAUGCUUCUAUGGCAAGCGAUACCUGCCGUUCAGCAUCCCCGUGCACAUCAAGCCCUCGUCGUCGAUUGGCGAGCACAUUCGCUCCGUCUACCAGGUCGAGGUGGAGUUUGACAUUCCAGGCGCACUGGAUCUCGUCGUCACACUGCCACUCACAGUGUUUGCGCCACAGUUCCUCUAUUCAACGCUGCCGCCCCAGCCACCCAGCGCCCCACUUCCACCCGAUGUCAGCUACCGCCACCCAUGGGAAGACGAUGAACAGGUCAAGAAUUGCAAUCAAUGCAAGGAGAAGUUCUCGUUGUUUGUUCGCAAGCAUCAUUGUCGUCACUGCAUGAAGGUGUUCUGUUCCAAGUGCUGUGCACGCGAGUCCACAAUCCUAAAUCUGGGCUUCUCACAUCCUGUCAAAGUGUGCGAGGAGUGCUUCCCCAAGGCACUGAUUGGCGGCGCCAAGUUUGAGUCGGCCAAGCAAUUCGAACAAUCCUACCAAGAGGCAUUGGCACAGUACAACUCAAAGUAUCCAUGGCUUGAGCAGCAACACAAAGGAGGUCAACUGAGUACCAAAGACGUAACAGUAUCCAGUAGUAAUGGUCAUGGAAAUGGUAGUUAUCACUAUUAG